AUGGCUGCAGAGAACUCCUCUUCUGUGACAGAGUUCAUCCUUGCAGGCUUAACGGACCAGCCAGGACUCCGGAUCCCCCUCUUCUUCCUGUUUCUCGGUUUCUAUGUGGUCACUGUAGUGGGGAACUUGGGCUUGAUAAUGUUGAUUGGGCUGAAUUCGCACCUGCAUAUUCCCAUGUACUUUUUCCUCCUCAACUUGUCUUUUAUUGAUUUCAGUUACUCCACCACCCUCACUCCUAAAAUGCUGGUAGGUUUUGUCUCAAAGAAGAACACCAUUUCCUAUGCAGGGUGCAUGACUCAAUUUUUUUUCUUCUGUUUCUUUGUAUUUUCUGAAUCCUACAUCUUAUCAGCCAUGGCAUAUGACCGUUAUGUUGCCAUCUGUAAACCACUGCUGUACAUGGUCACCAUGUCUCCCCAGAUGUGUUUACUCCUUUUGUGGGGUGUUUAUGGGAUGGGAGUUUUUGGGGCUGUGGCCCACAUGGUAAACUUAAUGUUUAUAACCUUUUGUUCAGACAACCUUAUCAAUCACUAUAUGUGUGAUAUCAUACCACUCCUUGAGCUGUCCUGCAAUAGCUCCUAUGUACAUUUGCUAGUGGUCUUCAUUGUUGUGACCAUUGGCAUCGGGGUGCCCAUUGUUACCAUUUUUAUAUCUUACGGUUUUAUUCUUUCCAGCAUUUUCCACAUUAGCUCCACUGAGGGCAGGUCAAAAGCAUUUAGUACCUGCAGUUCCCAUAUUAUUGUGGUAUCUCUUUUCUUUGGGUCAGGAGCUUUUAUGUACCUCAAACCACCUUCCAUUCUGCCUCUGGAUCAGGGAAAGGUGUCUUCCAUUUUCUACACUGCUGUGGUACCCAUGUUCAAUCCAUUAAUCUAUAGCUUGAGGAAUAAGGAUGUCAAAAUUGCCCUGAAGAAAACCCUGAGCAGAAAAAUCUUCUCUUGA